CAGUUUGAGACGUGCGAUACCAGCGAGGUUCCUUUUCAUCUCACAUCAUUGCUUGAGGCAGUUGAGGUCAUCUCGUUGUCGCUGGAUACUACAUCCAGAAUGAAACAGUUCAUCAGCUUGAUACUGCUAUUACUUCUUGUAACACUACAUCAGAAGGUCAGCGGCGAGGGAUUAAGAGUGGAGACAUCUGCCACUGGCUACUACAACGUCUACGUGAACGGCACACAGUGGAUAAGGGGAUCACAAGCGUUCUUCUUUGUCAAUGGAGGCAAAUACACAACUGACGGGGUUCUUGGCCACCUUGGAAACCUAACGUUAAGAAACACUGAGCAUGACCAAGGACAGGACAUGCUAGGGUUCUGGAAAAGAAUCACUUACAAUUAUUAUGCUGAUGACUCACCGAUACAACUGUCAAUCAAGAGCUAUGUGGAAGGGGGCGUGCCGGCUGUAGUAUUCGGACAGAAAUUCUUGAAGGACACCCCAGGAACAAAGGCACCGACAAAUGUGACUAUUAUCGGAGGAUUUCCAAACUUCGAGUUCUUCGUUCCAUCAGCUGCUGAUGUGGGGUAUCUGUCCUUCGGGGGGAACUGGCUUGGAGACGAAGCGAAAACAAUGGCCAUGUACAAUGUUACGAAUCCAAUUGGUAUAGACCUGCUCGACGGAUAUGAAGGCGGACCAGUCUGUAUGUUCAGUCCCACCGGAAGUGCGGUAGUUAUCUCCCCUUUCAACCAGUUUAUGUCUGCUUCAAUGUGGGUGAACAAAAAGGGACUUUUCCGUGGAAGUGUUCACUGGGGCAUCAUGGGAACUGUUGACCUCAUCCCAGCUGGGUUUGAAUACCAGACAAUAAUGUACUACGGCGAAGGAAUAAACAAUGCGUUUGAAGGAUGGGGCAAACUCAUGAGGAAGUGGUAUGGAAAAAGGGAUUUGAGAAGUAGUGACAUCACCCUCACGAAUAUGGGGUACUGGACGGACGAAGGCACGGCCUAUCACGAUGCUCCGGAGGAAGGUAAAGAUUAUGAAGACACACUUCUAGAACUGAAAGAAAAUCCAAAACAGAAGCAUGUACCUUACAAAUACGUACAACUGGACGACUGGCUGUAUGAACGAGACGACAACAAUGGAACGAUCUCACUGACACCCAGGAACGGCACAGUACCUGACGGCCUAACAUUUCUGCACGAAAAAACAGGACUAGCCAUUGUUCUUCAGAACGGGUUUUGGUCAAACGAAACAUCAUAUGCUUCACAAAAUGGCGGCAACUUCUCCUUCUUGAUCAGUGGAUCCUCAGCUGUUCCCCUUGGAGGGGACUUUUGGGAUUACCUCUUCUCUAAAGCUAAGGCCUGGGGACUUAAAGUAUACCAACAGGACUGGAUGAAGGAACAGUCGUUAUUGGUGAAAGAGUUCCAGACAAACCUGUCACUGGGUAGGCAAUGGUUGGUGGACAUGGGUCUGGCUGCUGAGAGAUACGGCAUCACUAUACAAUACAGCGGCGCCCUUCCCAGACACGCCCUGCAGUCUCUAGAGAUACCCGCUGUCACUCAGGCCCGGGUCAGUGAGGACUUUGGGGAAAGCAUGGAUCAGUGGAAAAUUGGAAUAACCUCGAUAUUUGCAAAUGCUCUUGGACUUGCUCCUUUUAAAGACAGCUUCAUUUCAACCCAUGAUGCUUUUACAAACUCUUCAAACACUCGGUUAGAAUUUGAAUCUAUGGUUGCCACUAUCAGUACGGGCGCAGUCGGCCUUGGGAACAAGAUAGAUUCGGACGUGAAAUUCAACGUAGCACAAAGUUGCUGCAAUGCUGAUGGUCUGAUUCUUGGUCCAUCAAGACCAGCCACAGCAAUUGAUGCCCAGAUCAUGGAGGGAGCCUAUAACAACAGCAUGGGCCCAAAGGGUGAAGUCUGGACAUCCUACAGCGUGAUCGGGAAAUAUACAUUUGGAAUGAUCUUUUCCUCCCUGGAAGGCCGUCACAAAUACAACGUGACUAUAACGGAUCAAUUCGGACCAGAUUUUCAAGAGAGCAAACUGUACAACCCCAACUUUGUCAAUUCUCUGGUCAGCGUCCACAAGGGGUUCAAGCUCCUCCUCUGCUGUUCAAAUCUGCCCCCUUUUUUCACCAGUGUCUUCACAUCACCGGUUCUAACUGUCGGACCCCAGAAAACAGAGGUUGUUCUCAUCGGAGAGGGGUUUAAACACGUGCCGAUAUCACCUAGACGUGUGAAAAGCAUCAAUGUCACCAGCGAUGCCGUGUUUGUAACCUUGGUCGGUGUUCCUGGGGAGAGGCUCUCGUUUCUUUACGCUGUGCAAGAAGAGUGGCGGACCAUUUGGUGGACCUUUGAUCAUACAAGGCUAGGUGUUCUUGCCCUCAACGUCUCGACGCCUUCUGUACCAACAUCAUCACCACUACCGCCGCCCUCUGGUGCCACAACGGUAACAAGUCAGUUUGCAUAUAUAGCGCUGCUUGGCACCAUGGGUAUCGUGAGAUCACAUUUCAGUUUGUAACACAAUAAAAACAUACACUACUUUU